GAUACCCCGAAGUUUAGAGACAGCCAUCCUUCAAAUCAAUUAAAAAGAUCAUACGUAACUUGAAGCAUGUUCCCCCUCCUGUGGCUGGUGUGCGUGGUAGCCAUCAAGGUAUUCAAAAAAUCAGCUCCAAAUGGAAAGUUAACAGUAUAUUUGGGUAAGAGAGACUUCGGUGACUAUGGAGAUUCCGUCGAACCCGUCGAAGGAGUGGUUCUAGUAGAUUCAGAUUACUUGAAAGAUCGAAAAGUAUUUGGCCAGGUUGUCACCACCUUUAGAUAUGGCCGCGAAGAAGAUGAAGUCAUGGGUUUGCAUUUCAGCAGGCAACUGUACUUGGCCCUCGACCAGAUAUACCCAACUGACCACCAGCAAGAAAAGUCAGAACUUCAAGACAAACUUCUCAGAAAAUUGGGUGACAACGCUAUUCCCUUCACUUUCGAUCUGCCUGAAAAUGCCCCACCUUCUGUUACCCUACAGCCUGGAACUGAUGAAAAUGGUUCACCUCUGGGUGUGGAAUAUGAGCUCAAGCUCUUCGUUGCGGAAAGUAAGGAAGAGAAGCCACACAGAAGGAAUUCCGUUUCCAUGGCCAUCCGAAAAUUGCAGUACCACCAUCCAGGCCCAAAUAUCAGGCAGCCCAGUUCACUGGUCAGUAAGGGAUUCGUGCUAAGUCCUGGUAAACUUCAGCUCGAAGUCACAUUGGACAAAGAGUUCUACUUUCAUGGGGAUAAGAUCGCAGCGCAAAUGGUGGUUACCAACCAUUCUAAGAAAACUAUCAGGAACAUCAAAGUUAAUGUUAUUCAGAACACAGAAGUAACGAUAGUGAAUGGACAUUACCACAAAUCUGUAGCGAGCAUCGAAACGAAGGAAGGAUGUCCAAUCAUACCAGGAGCAACUUUGACUAAAGUAUUUUAUCUUUUGCCAUCGGCAGAUGACAAUUUGACCAAGAGAGGUGUAGCUCUUGAUGGGAUGUUAAAAGAAGGUGACACCAAUUUGGCUUCGUCCACUUUAAAAUCUGCAGACAAUUUGGGUAUUAUUAUUUCAUACAUGGUUCGAGUACGACUCUACAUGGGAGCCAUUGGCGGAGAACUAGUCGCCGAUGUACCUUUCAAGUUGACAAGUCCACCACCGGAGAAGCAGAAAGAAGUCACCAGCAUGCAGAAGAAAGUUAAAAAGCAAUUGUCCAGAGAAAUGAGUACAGAUCUGGUAUUCGAAGAUUUCGCCAGAAGGCGCCAAUACAGCGAAGAUAAUGAAUAAAUGGGAAAACAUACGCCAUUUAUUCAAUAAAAUUACUAAUGUCAUUGAAAUCAAAAUGUACGGAGUUAAUAAAUCUUUGCAAUAAAUAUAGCUGAGACCGAACAGUUGAUCAAAAAGAAUUUCAUAUCUUACAAUAUUUAUUUUUAGAAAUUAAUCUAUUUGUAGUUCAGAAUAUUUUUCUGCUGAAAGAAAUUAAUCUAUUAGCAGAACAUACUAGUUCUUAAAGAAAUAAAAUACAGUAACAAAAAAAGAACCAAUAAAAGAUCUUAGCUUUGAUUUUUUUUCUUCUUCAAAUUGCUCUUGUAUCAUUCCAAAAGCAAAAAAGAAAGGGGAACAGUUUUUUUUCUAUUGUUUUUGUUCAACAUGAGAUUUUUUGAGCUGUGUGCUCGCUGUGUGGCUUUACUUCAAAUUACUCUUUUCUUUGUUUGAAGUCCAACUAAGAGGACAUAAAUUUCUGUACUUGUCAAAUAAAAAUAAAAAUAUUUUCAAAAA